UGUAAGAUAAGGCUGGAUCUGGAAGGCAGCCAUGUGCCGACACUCAGCCUCCCAUCGUUCCUACCGCCUAGGGCAGCUUUAGAUUGUUGGGUUUUUCUGUCCGAGUCUUUCGGUUUCUUGGACCGUUCGGGUUUUUUUCAUCAAAGUCGCUCUCGCCCCCGCCCUCCCCUCUUCCCCACGUGUUUCGUUCUCUUCCUCCGGCGGUAGGAUCGCUGGGCAGAACAGAGAACAGGGCUAAGUCUGGAUCGCGAGUCAUUAAAAACGGACAACGACAAGGGCGAUUUCCCCGCGUGUAACACAGGAGCGUAAGAACGGCGUCUCCAGCAGCACUGGGAGAUCCCUACGCUAGGAAACUGACUUUCUUCCCCCCCCAUCUAGACCCCCCGAUAAAUACACCCCACCCUCCCCGACAGCCACUCAACUACAGAGCGGCUUGCCUCCGCACUAGCCUGCGGACAGGGCACAGGCUCCAGGGAACUUCUCUCCCGCGUCCAGUCCCACCUCUUGCUGAAGCGCCUAGCUACUCCUGCCUGCCUCCUCCGCAACAUCUGGUUACCCCCGCGUCUGCCUGACCCCCAAGCCCCCCUAGUUAUCCCUGCCGGCCCCCUCCGCAACACCUGGCUACCCCAGCGUCUGCCUCAUCCCCGAGCCCCCCUACCUACGCCUGCCUGCCCCCUCCGUAACAUCUGGCUACUGCAGCGUCUGCCUGGUUCCCGAGCUCCCCUAGCUACUUCGCCUGCCGCCUCUGCAACAUCUAGACACCGCCAGCCUUUGCCUCGUCCCCUAGCUGCCCCUGCCUGCUCCCUCUGCAACAUCUGGCUCCCACUAUCCUCACUGCCCGUGCUUCUGGCUAGGACUCCCAGCCCCCGGGUACCGCUGCCUGCUCCCUGUGGAACAUCUGGCUGCCGCGGCCGCUCCUCUCCAGGCCGCCCCCGCGCUAACAUCUGGCCACUGCUGUGCCGCCGCAGGGGGCCGCUCUCCUCCUCGGCAGGCGGGGUAGGCAAGGGCUGCGGCGCUGCUCUCCGAGGAGGCCGAGGGAGCCGCGGAAGCAGAGGCCGCCCGAUGGUGCUGCAGGGCGGCCCAGGAGGGGCUGGGCGGCGUCGGCUGCUGCCCCGGAGCCUGGCUGCCCUGCUCCUGCUCCUGGCUCUGGGGCACACCUGGACCUACCGGGAGGAGCCCGAGGAGCGCGACAGGGAGGUUUGUUCCGAGAACAAGAUCGCCACCAGCCGGUACCCGUGCCUGAAACCCAGCGGCGAGCUGGCCACCUGCUUCAGGAAAAAAUGCUGUAAGGGUUAUAAAUUUGUUCUUGGACAAUGCAUCCCCGAAGACUACGAUGUGUGUGCAGAAGCUCCAUGUGAACAGCAAUGCACAGAUAACUUUGGGCGUGUCCUUUGUACAUGUUAUCCUGGAUACCGGUAUGACCGGGAGAGACACAGGAACAGAGAGAAACCCUACUGCCUAGAUAUCGAUGAGUGUGCCUCAAGCAAUGAGACUCUCUGCUCUCAAAUCUGUGUCAACACCAUGGGCAGUUACAGAUGCGAAUGUCAUGAAGGCUAUAUCCGGGAAGAUGAUGGGAGGACUUGUACCAAAGGAGACAAAGCCGGGCUUUCUGAGAAGGCUGACAACGUGGUGAAAGCAGGAACCUGUUGUGCCUCUUGUAAGGAAUUUCACCAGAUAAAGCAGACGGUUUUACAACUAAAGCAAAAGGUUGCUUUGCUACCAAACAACGCUGCUGACCUUAGCAAACAAAUCACUGGUGAAAAGGUGCUUGCAUCUAAUGCCUAUAUACCAGGUCCCCCCGGGCAACCAGGACACCAAGGCCCUCCAGAGGAGAUUGUCUUCAGUCUACGUUUCUCAAUGACCUGCGCUGUCCAAGGGGCCCCGGGACCAAAAGGAAGUCCAGGAUUUCCUGGCUCACCUGGACCUCCAGGCCAACCAGGUCCUAGAGGAUCAAUGGGACCCAUUGGACCAUCGCCUGACAUAUCACAUAUUAAGCAGGGCAGACGGGGCCCAGUGGGUCCACCGGGGGCACCAGGGAGAGAUGGUACCAAGGGGGAGAGAGGAGCACCAGGACCAAAAGGGCCACCUGGCCCACCAGGCUCAUUCGAUUUUCUGUUGCUGAUGAUGGCAGACAUCAGAAAUGAUAUUGCUGAACUUCAGGAGCGAGUGUUUGGACACAGGAUUCACUCAUCAGCAGAGGAGUUUCCAUUACCUCAGGAAUUUACAAACUAUCAUGACACAGUAGACUUUGGAUCUGGAGAGGACUAUAAGCAAAGAAUUGCACCCAAAGACUCUAGGAUGCACAAAACAGCCCAUCAUUAGCUAGGUUUAUAGCAAGGAGAGAUGUUCAGAGUUGUACAGUAUAAAAAUGCACUGAUGAUGUAAAAUAUAUAUAUAAUUUUCCAGUUUUCUCUUUUCUUGUCCCCAUGUCCUGUAGCUUUCUCUAUUUACAGGGACAUCUACUAGUGGUGGUUACAUACAUUCCAGCCUGUGUCAGUUUUUGUGCUUUGUGUAUGUAGACAUUAUUGUAAUGGAAAUUAGUUGGCUAAGCGUUAGUCCGAAGUGUCAUACAAUGAGGUCUGAGGUAAACCUGGGAGAUGCGUGUGUCCUAAAACUACUCCUGCUUGUCCCUUAAAAAUACCCCACUGCUCAUCCAGUGUAGGCAGUCAGAUCUAUUCAGCAACAGAUUUCUGGCUGUGCAAUGAGAGAAUAUGGACUAUACGUGAUAUGGGGGUGGGCAAGGGAGCAGGAAACUUACUAAGAGGAAGAACUGGUGUGAAUGAAACAAGUUUGCUGAUUAACACAGAUAAAAUCAACUAACCCUCAUGGUGGCAAACUGACUGUCAGGUUCAGUUAUAGGAAAGGAGUGGCAAUAUACAUUGUAGAUGACUAGGGGUACACUAACUGAUUCCGAUCUCACUCACACCUGUGAAAGUCAUCCCACUGAAUUCAAUGGUGAUACACUGAUGUACAUGACAUCAGAAUGAGGCCUAAUGUUUGCAAAAGAAUUUUCAUCCAAUUUGUUUCUACAGAUUGUAGCACAAGCAUCGGCUGUAUGAGUUGAAGGUAACUGGUGUUCUUCUAAGUGUACUAUGUCACAAGUAUAUAGUUGUACAUCUUUCACUCAGUAUAUAAUGAAGAAGAGUGGUUAAAGGAAUACAUAUGACCAAACACUGUAGCUGGUGCUUGGGAUGGCAUGGGUGAACUCUGGAGAAAGUCACGUCGCUGCCCUGGGGCCAGAGAGAAAAUUGUUGUUUGAAAGCAGGAUUGAAGAAUUCAUAGGGAACCCAUUCCUCACACCUUUCCAUACUGAAAAGUUGGAUCAACAGGUUAGUGUACCCAGAAUCAUCUACAAUGUAUAUUACCACUCCUGGCAGAUUACUGAACCUGGCAGUCACUUUGCCACCAUUAUAAUCUAAACAGUUUUUCCAGUGUAUUAAGCACAAACAUUUUAUUGCAUGGCUCCUCUUACUACAGAACUUGUAGUGUUAAGAAAACAGCUUUCCUGUGACAAAUGCAAAAGAAAACCCCUCAUUGCUCCACUUCAUCUUCAGGGCUUGUAUGUUCUUCCUAGAGCAAGUAUGGACAGUGAUAUAAGCGGCACCUUUCCAAGAUGCGUGGGUUGGUUGGGGGUUUUGGGGGGUGGGUCCCCUUUCAUGUCUCCCUUCCUGAGGGCAACGACUAUAAUUCCUAUACCAGUAGUACUGUCCACAUUGGCUACACUGCCAUUAAAAUCCAUGGCUGGUCCAUGCCAGCUGACUUGGGCUCGCAGGGCUCAGGCUAAGGGGCAUUUUAAUUGCAGAGUAGAUGUUCAGGCUCAGGCUGGCGCCUGGGCUCUGGGAUCCUGCUCGGUGAGAGUGUCCCAUAGCUCAAGCUGCACCCUGAGCCCAAAUGUCUACACCACAGUUAGCCCGAGUCAGCUGUCAUGGGCCAGUCGCAGGUGUCUAAUUGCAGGAUAGACAUGCCCAUAUUAUAUUAACCAUGUAAUUCAAACUCUUAAUAUUAGCCCCGCAGUGUGUCAGCAGAGGAGCCAGGAAUCUCAGGAAAUCUUGACAUUUGUGAAAUUUGCAAAUUUUCUUUGGGGGACUUGUCAGUUCCUCAGAUACCUUUUCAAUUCCGUCCUAUGGGUAUAUUUCUGCAGAUUAUAUGGAAUAAGUUUUUUCUUCAUUCCUGUUUUCUUGAGUGUAUAUCCCAUAUUAAAAAGAACUGACUACAUAAUCGGUAAAGAUUAGGCUAAUUACAGUAGCCCAUGGACCUUCAAUGCUCUGAAGAGUUCUGUGAGCUGCAGAUUGAAAUAUUUUGAGAACCAAGCAAUGGUGGUUGGGGUUCUGGGAAAGAAGGUGUGUCUAGAAGUGGAAUAAUCUUUAAGUCAUCAGAAUAGAAGACGUAAACCAGCAUUAGAUGUAGGGUGACCGGACAGCAAA